AAUGCAAUUAUAAUCGAAGCGAUCAUGAUGCGUUCUACAACAUCAAGACCUCUGGGGCUGUUAGAACGGAUUACGACAAGCAGUCCAUCGAGUACUACCGGAAAUAACGUCUCGCCAGUAGCUAAGACGGCGGCCAAUAGCAACAAGAGACCUACGCCUAUCAUCAUUUAUCCCACAGUAACGCCGGAGUCUAUCGUAGUGCCUAUAGUAUCGUGUAUAUUUGGAUUUCCACUGUUGGCACUGACGGUUAUUUGCUGCCUGCGACGUCGAGCCAAGCUAGCCAGAGAACGCGCCAGACGGCGUAACUGCGAGCUGGAUAGAGGUGAGCUCUCCGUGGUGCGCCUGUCUCCUGUGAAAGCAAAGCCUCGGCCGGUGAGCUUGGUGAGAUCGCCGCGACCGCCACCUACCCUAGAACUCGACACAGUACUGGAAGAGCGAUCAGACCCUGAACAAACAACCCUUUCACAGGUCGAGGUAACACCGGAUCGUGAAGUGGGAGCGAUCAUCUUCGGUGCUGUGGGAACGGCCAGCACGGCGGUGGCGUGCACGCGGGACAGCUAGCGGCGUGGCUCGGCUGUGCUGGGCGCCAGGUCUCCGCUCUGGGCGGCGCUCACCAGCCAGCCUCUCGAUGACGACGACGAAGAUGCUAUCAACGACGACGACAGCUAACAGCUCGACGAGCGCACUCUGACCGACAUCGGAGAGCGCAUGAAAUUAUUUUUAGACAUCCCCUUACGGUUUUAGGUCUAGGUGCUUGUGAAUUAGUAGUAAAAACGAUUAACCCCGACCAGCUAAUGGGUAUCUAAAUUUUAGAUCUACGUUUUCAAAUAGAUUUUAAACCCCUACGGCUUCAAAGAUACAGAUAUAUCGUCUUUUCGCAU